UUGACCACACAUCAACAGAAGACGCAAACCCGGAAGAGUUGGCUGUGUGUGGAACGUUUCCGUGUUGACGAUAAGUUUAGUUCAGAUUUAAUCAGCGAAAGAACAAGACAGAGGGAAUAAUGAAGCAGUUCAUCACAGUCGCGUUUGUUCUUUUCGUGUUGGUGGAGAAUACCCUGAGCUGGGAUCAAGGUGGUGUGUUGCUGAGGGACGUCCAGGUGCUGACUCUGUAUAAAGACCGGUACACAGCGGCGCGGCGCUCCAGCCCUGUCCCUCAGCUGAAGUGUGUUGGAGGCUCUGCAGGAUGUCACGCCUUCAUCCCCGACGUGGUCCAGUGUCAGAACAGAGGCUGGGAUGGAGUGGAUGUCCAGUGGGAGUGCAAGACAGACAUGGACGCUGCGUUCAGGUUCGGUCGGCUCGAGGUGAGCUGUGAGGGCUUCACUCAGCCUGAUGAUGCUUUCAUCCUGCCGGGGUCGUGUGGUCUUGAAUUCACCCUGGAGCUGACAGCGGAGGGACGCAGUACGACGCAAGGGUCAUCAGGGGGGUUCAAGGGCUUUGGAGAUCUGGGGGGCUUUGCCUCAAGUUUCUUCAGUGGUUUCCAAGGAAACAAACAUAAUCAGCAUCAUCACCAUAAUCAGGGCGGUCAGAGUUCAGGCAGUGAGGACUCUUCAGGUCUGUUGGUUCCCGCUGUGCUACUCGUGUUGGCCUUCGUCGUCUACAAGCUCUUCCUCAGCGGGAACACAGCCCAGGCGGGACAGCAGGGAGGGCAGGAAGGUUACCAUGACAACCAACAAGGCUUCAACACGGGGCCCCCUCCUCCUGGAUUCAGACCUGACUUCACAGGCUCUCCUGGGGGGAACCCGUCCUAUGGUUUCCACAGUGACUACACUCAGGGACCACAUUACCCAGGAGGCCGACCGGCCCCGGCGGGCACAGGAGGAUUAGGAGGAGGAGGAGGAGGCUUCUGGAGCGGCAUGGGGACCGGUGGGCUGCUGGGAUAUCUGUUUGGUAAUCAGAGGAAUCAGCCCCACAAUUACAACUACCCUAGAUACAACAACAGCAGAGCGCCUCCUGCUGGACCCUCCCCCCCCUCCUCCUCCGGGACUCGCACUGCUUCAGGGUUCGGUGGCACGAAAAGGAGAUAGAAGAGCAAGAGAAGAAGCUGAUGAUGGAGGCCGAGCACAGAGGAUUUUUUAUCAAUUUUUGUUUUCAGGUAAAGGAUUUCGAAGAUUGUUUCCCUGAUUCUCUCUGACAUCACUAUCUGUGAUCGUUUGCUUUGGGCUUGACAGGUCUUAGUUUACCUGCAGCUCUCAGUUUAUCUGUGAUCGUUUGCUUUGUGCUUGACAGGUCUUAGUUUAUCUGUGAUCGUUUGCUAUAGACCCAUCAGGUCUAUGCUUACCUGCAGCUCCCGGACUUUUACUAUAAACAUCAUGUAUGGACUCUGAAAAAAAUAUUUAAAAUCUGAAAGAACUGUAGAGGAUGUUGUUUAUGUGCAUGUGUGCGCGCGUGUGUGUGUUAUAUUUUAUAAAUAAACUAUAAAAUGAGACAUUAAAA